ACUGCGGCCAUUUAUCGUCAGAACUAGCUAUUCCAGCACGGAUUUCGAGUCAAAAUGCCAAAAAAACAACGAGAAAAGGCCGGAAAUCAUACCAUCAACAUGGAUCCUCGUGCCAAACCGACUCAAGAAUCUGGAAAUCAAUAUUACCAACAAAAGGAGGAUGAAAAUCAUCAUAUCUUCGCAGAAGUACCCACGAAAGGAAUUUCCUGUGAAAAUACCAUCCCCGAGGCGAUCUUAGACGAAGAAAAAGAGACGAGAGAAGACCCCCAAUUCAUCAGCGAGAUGAUAGAGCAACGCGGAACUACGAAUACCAACGCAGCAAGCGAAACGGCUCGUCACUACGAGAUGGCGACCAUAUCGAUCGAGAAAGAAACCGACCAGCCGGCAGAAAUCUCCGAGCCGCUGCAAAAACCCGCUGAACUCUUUCCAAAACCUCCGCCGAUGAGCAUCCAUUCCGAUAACUCCUCACCGCUAAAGGUAGACGACAAACUCUCCGACAACUCCGAAGACCACAAUUCCAUCUUCGAGUGUACUCCAGAGAAACUACUACCCACUGAUCAUCCGAAAACGGACAAAGUACCAUCAAAGGUCGUCGAAACCUCCAUCAAAACCAUCGGGAAGGCAAAAGCUCCACCAUUCGAAGAUAGAUGGGCAAUUAUUACCAACAAACUGGAAGAGAGAAAUAAAGAUGUGGAGAAGCUUACCACCAAACUCAACCGCGUCGAACAAGCCCAUCAAAAUACCUACGAGUUGAUUACCAAAAUCGAUAAGACUGUCAUCGACAACAUCAGAUGUACGAAGGACGUCGCCAAAAUUGUCAAACAGUUGGUCGAGAAUAUUAAUAGUACCCACGCUGUCAAUAAGGAAAUUCAAAACGACAAGAAUUCCACCUUGGCAGAAGCUAAACGUACUAUCACCCUCGCCAACAGUACAAUCAACUCGAACAAGGAUUGGAAUAAUAAUACCCAAGAAGCCAUCAAUCGCCAUGUGUGUCACCUCUCCACCAUUUUACCACGAAUGGAAGCUGCUCUGCACCAACCAUCGGGAUAUUAUGUGCAAUACCAACAAGAGAACCCAGUGACCAAACAAGGAAAUGUGGCUCCAAAAUGGAACGAAUACAAUCCACCAAAAGACGCAAUUGAGAAUACCAACAAGGGAGUCGAGAAUACCUGCGCAUUCUGCGGUUUGAAGAACCAUACCAGCGAGCAGUGUAGAAGAGUAUCAACAUGGUUCGAUCGACGAGAAAAACUCACCGAGCAAAAGAAAUGCCACCAAUGUUUGGAGGUAUACGAAACCGUAGAAUUUUGCGGAACUCGAGAUAACCACACCAACUGUCCAAUGGAGAAUACUUUCUGCAAGUACUGCAAGACGCUAAAAGGGAAUCAACCCGGAUGGAAAGAAGCAGCGGCACACCAUCCAGCCGUCUGCGAGCAUGCUCCAAAAGAGCACAAUACCCACGAACCUCCGAUGAAAAAAGGAAGAAUCAUGUCGAAGAGAACCACUUCCAACAGAGGAGGACGUCAAACAUAAAUACCUCCUACCAUCAGUUCCAAUACCAUCUCUUCGUACCAUCACUCCUAUUACCAUCGCUAUUACCAUCGCUAAUUACCUUGAUAUACCCUCAGUUGAUUGCAUUUUUUAAAUAAAAAAUUGCUUGUUG